AUGUCUGAGAACACAACAGUCCCUAUGAACGCCGCUGGCGAAGCAAUGAAAGCUGAUAUGAACGCAGCAUCCGCUCAAAUUGCCUCAACGAUGGACACCGCACAUAGAAGUAUGUCAAGAAGGAUGAACAUUGCCUUCGUUAUGAUGACAUCGAAGACGAAAAGAGCCGGCUCAGUGGUAAGAGCAAUAGCCGAGGUCGGAGAGAUGAGAUCGGCUCUGAACUCGGCCGGAUCGGACGUGAUUUCAGAGAUGAACGCCGCCAGCGACGAGAUGAUAUCUAAGAUGAAGGCUGCGGAAUCCAAAAUGAUUUCAAGCAUCAAGUCGACUGAAUCCGGGAUGGAAGAAAUUAUGAAUUAUUAUGGCAACGAGAUGGCUGCCGGGAUGAAUGCUACUGGUACAGAAGUGUUAUCAAUAAUGAAUAUGAUCGGCACAGAAAUAGUAAUUAGGAUGGACAUGGCCGCCAAGGAGGUGAAAUUAAGACUGAAAGAUUCAGAGAUGGGAGAAAUCUUAAAAACCGCCGGUUUAGAGAUGGAAUCGAAGAUACACGAUGCCGGCAAGGAGAUCAGCUCCAAAAUGACCGCAGCUGGCGCAGAGAUGCGAUUGAGGAUGGUGGCCGUUGGCUCCGAUCUGACAAGGAAAGUACUUUUAUGGGGGCUCCUACUUUUUGACGGGACAUAUCUCAAAAAAUCAGAAAAAAUGUGCUGA